AUCUGUUUCUCGUGAACCCCGCACAAGUUUUAAGGGAAAGAACGCUAUCGCAUGCGCUGCGAUAUAUUCAGACGCCCAUCUCACACAAGCGUCAAUAUCAGCACCAAGGCUAUACACCGGAGCUUCAUUACUCCACAGUAACUCCAACUAACCCAUACCAACCGCAUCGCAUAUCAACAGGGCGCAAACCCGCAUGAUUAUAGAUUAUAUAUACCAAGAUGAAGUUUCAUGCAUCAGUGCUACUACUGGCAUCCACAACAUUCAUCGGCACCAAUGCGUGGAACAUAUUUGGUGACGAGCCACAAGUAGACCCAUUCGCAGACAAAAAAUGCCCUUACGCAGUACUAGGAGUCAACAAAACUGCAAGUGCAAAGGAAAUUAGAAGGACCUUCCUACAACUUAGCAAAAAGUAUCACCCAGACGUGAGCAAAGAGGAGGGUGCUGCUGAUAAAUACAAGGAAAUCAACGAGGCAUAUGAAAUAUUAAACAAUGCAGACAGACGACGCGCAUACGAUGAAGGUGGAUUCCCAGCACUCAUGCGCUUAGCACAGGGUGGAGGUGAAGAUGAGGGAUACGAUAUCAACGAUAUCUUCUCCAACUUCUUCGGAUUCGGAGGUGCAAGACAACGCGAGGAGGCAAUGAGAGCAGAGCCACUGGUAUACCCAAUAUCACUGCCAAUGGAUAUAUUAUACCACGGUCGUGAAGUUGGGAUCAAGGUGCAAGUUACACGCCUUUGCAAAAACUAUGACGAUUGCGAGAUUAGAAGACCCGAUUGCCAGGGGCAUGAAAUAAGAAUAGUAACCAGACAACACGCCCCGGGGAUGUUCCUGCAGCAACAAAUCAGAGAUCCUACCUGCGUCGGCAGGAACAAGGGAUGGAAGCCAAACUGUCGGGCAUGCCCAGAAGGACCAACGUACAUGGAAGACCUAAACCUGGAUAUUACCAUAGAACCAGGUGCCAAGCAUGGACAACAGAUUAUAAUAGAAGGCCGUGGACAAGAGCGACCAGGACUGCAUCGCGGACAUAUCAUCUUCACAAUCGAACAGAAGCCACAUCACAUAUACAGGAGAGAGGGAAAUGACCUAUAUAGGACCCUGGACAUCACCCUCAAAGAAGCUUUGCUAGGGUUCAGCAAAACGAUCGACCUAUUCGGGGAAAGCAUACAAGUGGCCCAAAGUGGUGUCACACCUCAUAAUGACGUCAUCAAAAUAGACCAAAAAGGUAUGCCAAUCAACGAUAACGGCGCUUUUGGAGAUAUGUACAUCUCCAUAAACGUUAUAUUCCCCAAAGCGCUCUCUGACGGGCAAAUCGCGCUACUGGAACAGGCUCUCUGAA